GGAAGUAAAGAGAACCAUCGCCCCGGCCGAUCCUUCCAGGCGGUCCAUGAGUAGAGGUGCUUGUGGACACCGCAAACAUGCAGAUCUUUGUGAAAACACUCACUGGGAAGACCAUCACCCUCGAGGUUGAGCCUUCUGAUACUAUCGAGAAUGUGAAGGCCAAGAUCCAAGACAAGGAAGGUAUUCCUCCUGACCAGCAGCGACUCAUCUUUGCGGGCAAGCAGCUCGAAGAUGGACGCACUCUCUCUGACUACAACAUCCAGAAGGAAUCAACCCUUCACCUUGUGCUGCGCCUCCGUGGUGGUGCCAAGAAGCGCAAGAAGAAGAACUACACCACCCCUAAGAAGAUCAAGCACAAGCAUAAGAAAGUCAAGCUUGCUAUGCUGAAGUAUUACAAGGUUGAUGACAACGGCAAGAUCACCCGCCAGCGACGUGAGUGCCCCUCUGACGAGUGUGGAGCUGGUGUCUUCAUGGCUAACAUGUUUGACCGCCAAUACUGCGGCCGCUGCCAUCUGACUUAUGUCUUCAACAAGCCUGAAUAAAGGACUAAAUGUGA